AAUCUGUCAAACGAAAAACAAAACCCAACAGCGGACAACCUCGUCAGAAGUGUUUUUAUAUUAGAGCUUGCAUCCCAACAUUACAUUUAGUUAUUAAAUGGCAAAAUGGGUGAUAUUGAUAAUUCAAUAAAGAUGAGUGUUAAGUGGAAUGGAAAAGAAUAUGAACUACCAGAACUAGCUCAAUCUGAUUCAGUUGCGAUGUUGAAAGUGGCCAUCGAAAAUGCCACUGGAGUACGACCGGAAAGGCAAAAGCUUUUGAAUGUUAAAUUUCAAGGCAAGGUAGCAAAUGACAAUUAUACUCUGUCGGAGUUAAAUCUUAAGCAAAACCUUAAAAUAAUGAUGAUGGGGUCGUUAGAAGAAGCCAUUGAGGGUGCAAUGUCAAAACCAGAUAUUGGUGAAGAAGUGGUUAAUGACUUGGAUAUUGAGGAAGAAGAAAUUGAUGUAGAAAAUCAGGAGAUAUACUUAGCAAAAAUAAACAAGAGAGUAAAAGACUACAAAAUAAAGGUGCUAAAUGAGCCUCGUCCCAACAAAAAGCUGUUAGUAUUGGACAUAGACUACACAUUGUUUGACCACAGAUCUGUUGCUGAAACUGGUUUUGAACUAAUGAGGCCAUUCCUCCAUGAAUUUUUAACAUCAGCCUACAAAGACUAUGAUAUUGUUAUCUGGUCUGCCACUGGAAUGAAGUGGAUCGAGGAGAAAAUGAAGCUACUUGGUGUAUCUGUGCAUCCGGAAUACAAGAUCAUGUUCUACCUGGACUACUUAGCUAUGAUCACUGUGCAUACUCCCAAAUAUGGAACCAUAGAUGUAAAACCCCUUGGUGUAAUUUGGGGCAAAUAUCCACAAUACAGCUCCAAAAACACAAUAAUGUUGGACGAUAUACGAAGAAACUUUAUUAUGAACCCAAAGAGCGGACUCAAGAUCCGCGCAUUCAGACAAGCGCAUUUAAACAGAGACAAAGACGAGGAAUUACUGCAUUUAAUUACAUAUUUAAAGGACAUUGCCACUUUUUGUGAUGACUUUGAUACAUUAAACCACAAGAAAUGGGAGAAAUAUAGGCCGCCACGGAAGAGUAAACACGCCAGUAAGAGGAAAGCUGAGGAUAAUUCUGACAGCUCAGGGGCCGCUGCCAACUAACAAAGACUGAUUAGUGAUAUUAAUUAAUUAGUAUUUUUCUUGGUUAUGUGCUGUUUUACUUGGCUCCGAUAGACUGAUAUGUGAAGCAAUAUUGAGAUUCAUUAUUUUUCAAAAAUAAAAUUAGGUUUUAGAGUAACUACUUAACAAAUGAUGCAAUGUUGUUAAGUGGCUUCAAUAGAUUGAAACGCAAAAAUCAAUAAAUUUGUUAUAAAUAAAAAAAUUAAAAAGAUGCGAUUGAAUAUA